UCUUCCUGGUGUUAGAUUUGAGAGAGACUACGCGGUGGAAACUGGACUGCCCCCUGGUUUAGCAGCCUCAGUAGUGGAGCCCCGCGAUUGUCCCUGCUAGCCAAAGAUAAUGAGCACUUUGAGAUAUCAGCUCCAGCUUUAAAACUUCAAAGCGGCGCAGCGGUUAUGACUCCUCAAAGCAGCGCCUCUUCCGGGAUCCAAGGACUUCUUUUAAAACUUCAUGAAUCACUUUCAGACGAAGAUACUCGCUCUGCAGCUUUAACAUGUCACGAUAUUAUUGUUGAUUUGGGACAAGAGUGCAUGCUAACAUCCACCGAGAAUGAGCUCGCUUUACACACAUCCCUGCUGUUCUCAAAAGACUAUGGGCUGCUCACCUUCCUCAGGAAGUCCCUGGCUUCUGAUGAGCUGCGGGACACCCGGGUGAAAAUCUUGCAGUUUUUGGAGACGUUUUUGGAUAAAGUGUCACCAAGAGUCAAAGGUUGGGAGAAAACGUAUGCGACUGACAUAAGAGACAUGUGCAUGGUUAUGUACACCAAGGAAAGGGUAGCCAAAUGUCGAACUCCACUGUUAGAGCUCCUUAUAAAGGUUCUCCAGAAAACAAAGGCUUCCAGCGUGGCGGCGGAUUUCAGAAUCUCUGAUAUUUUUAACAAAUUCUACAGCGAACUUUGUCAGAAGAGCAAAUUACCUGAUUCAGUUCUGGGUAAAAUCUACGAGUUAUUGGGAGUCCUUGCAGAAGUUCAUCCCAGUGAGAUGGUCAACAACUCAGACAAACUCUACAGGGCUUAUCUCGGAGAGCUCAAAGACCAGAUGACCUCUAAAACAAAAGAACCCAAGCUUUUUGUUGUGGCUGGGUGCUUACGAGGAGUGACCGCCCUGAUGGUUAACUUCACUAAAACAAUGGAAGAAGACCCAGUAACAUCAACGGAGAUCUUCCAGUAUGCCCUGAAGGCGAUCACUCCCCAGACAGAAAUGAACCGUUACGCAGUCACGUUUGCCGGGCUCAGAUUGUUUUCCAGACAUGCGUCUCAGUUCAGCAGCUGCCUCAUGGACAACUACAGGGUUCUGUUCGAGACCAUGUCCAAGCUGUGUGGACACGUCAAUGGAGAGAUGAAGAAGACGAGUUACAAUGCACUGGAAGCUUUUCUCAAGCAGGUUUCCUUGUUGGUGGCUGAGAAUAUCGAGGAGCACAAAAGCAAGUUGAAGUUCUUCAUGCAAAAGUUUUGCGGCAUCAUUAAAUCCCUGGACUCGACACACAAAGAGCUGUCCAUCGCCAUACGAGGAUAUGGAUUCUUUGCAGCUCCGUGUAAGAAGGUUUGUCCCCAGGAUGUGGACCUGAUGUACACAGAACUGAUUCAGCGCUGUAAGCAGAUGUAUCUGACAGAAUCUGACAGUGAAGAUGAGAGCUUCUACCAGCUGCCCAGCUUCCUGGACUCCAUAGCCAGCGUGCUGAUCCACCUGGACAAGAUACCUGAGGUAUACACUCCUCUGCUGGAGCGCCUGCUUGUGGUGCAGAUCGACAGCUACCCUCAGUGUAGCGAGAGAAUGCAGGCGGCCUGCUGCAAGUCCAUCCUGAAGGUGCUGAUCGCCAUGGUCUCUAAAGGACCAGUUCUGUGGAGUUUCAUCAGCUCUGUGGUGCACCAAGGCUUGAUCCGCGUCUGUUCUAAACCCAUCCUGCUUUCUGAGGACACUGGAAAUGGAUCUUCUGAAGGUUCAGAAGUCCGAACUGGGAAGUGGAAAGUUCCAUCGAGUCACGACUACCUCCCCCUGUAUAAAGGCCUGCUGGACUGUGAUCAGCUGAAGGACUCCGGGUUUCUGGACGGGUCGUUUGUGAGUCAGAACGCAGCUCUCGGACCACUGAGUCGUCUUCUGUACGACGAGCUGGUGAAAUCAAUUCUCCGCAUUGUGGAAAAGCUAGAUUUGUCUGUGAAGAAAGUAUCAACAGGAGAGCAGGAGCUGGAUGACACGACCCAUGCGCUGCCAUCGUCUGACCCUACGGCUCAUCUGUUACCCAAUAAGGUCAAAGACUUCACAGCCUUCGUCAACCUGGUUGACUUUUGCAGUGAGUUGUUGCUGAAUAAACAUGUGGAGUAUUUUGACUCCUGGAUGUUUCCUCUGAGCCACGAGCUCAUCCUCCACACCAUCAGGAACCCUCUGGUCAGCGGCUUUUACAAGCUGCUGUCCGUCACCAUGAAGAUCGCCAAGAGAAUCAAAUAUUACCAGGGAGUUGGCCGGAGAUGUUCUGUAGCUCCUCAGAGUGACACAGUGAAAAGUGCUUGUUUUGCACUCUUCUCUAAGUUUGGAAAAGAGGUGUGCAUCAGAAUGAAGCAGUACAAAGACGAGCUGCUGGCUUCCUGCUUGACUUUUGUCCUCUCGCUGCACCACAACAUCGUGGCUCUGGACAUGAAGGCCUACUGUCCUGCUCUGGAGACGGCUCUGAAGUUGGGUCUCAGCCACGUUCCUUUAGCCAACGCAGCCUUGGAUGCUCUGGAGGACUGGUCCUCCCACAUCCCAGCAGAGACGAUGCAGCCCUGCUACACAGAGAUCCUGCCUCUCCUCGACGGAUACCUGAAAACCACCUCACCUACGGACAAAGAUGAGAGCAACUGGGAGGUGAUGUCCUCUUUGUCUUCACGGAGGGACCGAGGAUACAGCAGAGUGAUGACGAGGCUCCUUAAGAAGUCCAACCAGCUCUCCACAGAAGAUGCUCCUCUUGUGUUGCUGAGGCUCAGGGUGGUGAAGCUCCUCGGUCACCUUGGAGGAAAGCUGAACAGAAACCUGGUGACUGUGGUCUCCUCAGAAGAAACGAUGAAGAAAUUUGUUGCCUGGGACACUGAGAAACGACUCAGCUUUGCCAUCCCAUUCACCGACAUGAAGCCAGUGAUCUUUCUGGACCCGUUUCUGCCUCGCAUCAGCGAGCUGGCGCUGUCCUCCAGCGCCAGGCAAACCAAAGUUGCAGCCUGUGAGCUGCUGCACAGCUUGGUGGUCUACAUGGUUGGGAAGAGUGCUCAGAUGGUGGAAGGAGAGAACAGACUGCCACCUAUGUACAAACUACACAAGAGACUGUUUCCUGUGCUGCUGCGUUUGGCUUGUGACGUUGAUCAGGUCACCAGGCAGCUCUUUGAACCGCUGGUGAUGCAGCUGAUUCACUGGUUCACCAACAACAGGAAGUUUGAGAGCCAGGAUACAGUAGCUGUUCUGGAGGCUAUCCUGGACGGUGUGGUCGACCCGCUGGACAGCACUCUCAGAGACUUCUGUGGACGUUGCAUCGAAGAGUUUGUCAAGUGGUCGAUCAAGCAGACCACCCCAAAGCAGCAGGAGAGGAGCCCGACCAACAUGAAGUCCUUGUUUAAGCGCAUUUACAGCCUGGCCCUGCACCCCAACGGGUUCAAACGACUCGGAGCCGCUUUAGCUUUCAACAGCAUCUACAGACAGUUCAGAGAGGAGAACGCUUUGGUGGAACAGUUCAUCUUUGAGGUUCUCGUCAUAUUUGUGGAAAGUCUGGCUCUAGCUCACUCUGACGAGCGAUCCAUGGGCACGUUGCAGCAGUGUGGCAGUGCCAUUGAGCACCUGAAGAGAAUCAUACAACACAAAGCUCCCAGCCUCAAUCAGCACAAUGCUAAGAGACGCGUCCCAAGGGGUUUUCCUCCUGAUGAGAAGCUGAUCCUGUCCGAUGUGGUGGUGUGGCUGCUGGAGCAAUGUGGGCGACCUCAGACUGACUGUCGCCACAAAUGCAUGGAGCUCUUCUAUGAGUUCAUUCCCUUACUGCCAGGAAAGAAGUCUCCACCUCAGUGGUUGGACGGCAUGCUGAAGGAUCACGGCAUGGAUUUCCUGAUUUCACGGUUUGAGGGAGGCGGUCUUCUGUCCCAACCCACCCUCAGGGACCUGAUGGGCCCUUUCAGUGUUCGAGUCACCCUGCAGUGGAUGGACCUGCUGCUGGCUGUGCUGGAUUGCUACAACACCUUCAUCAACCUGCACAUCAUCAAACCCCAUCACAUUCUCAGUUCGAAAGAUAAGUCGAGCUUCUUGAAAGCUACCCGUUUCUUCCUGACGGAGCUGGCGACUCACGACCUGACAGCGGCGGAGAGCUGCUUCCCUCUGGGUGAGAGAACGUCUCACUUCAGCCCAGGAGAGGUGGACCAGUACAACUACAGCAAGUGCACCAUCAUCGUCCGUCUGCUGGAGUUUUCCUCCAUGAUUCUCGUCAAAGGAGAUCAAAGCUGCUGGAAGCUCCUGGAACAAGAUUUGUUCAGUUCUGUGCUGUUUGAGCUGACGGCGGUGGUGGUGUGUGAGCCGUCUGCUGUUGGGUUUAACGUGGCUGAUGUGGCGGUGAUGAAGAACCUACCAGAAGUGUGUGUUCCUCUGCUUAAAGCUCUGCUGGUCUCACCUUAUCGCAGCCACAUUGAAACCAGCUUACGGACAAAAAUCUCAAGUAAAAAUGUAGAAGACUUUUGUGCUGUUGACCUGUACCACUCAAACACCCUCAGCCGCCAUGACCAGAUGGAGAUGGUCCUUUCCUCCUGUAAGCAGAUUCACAGAGCUGGCUUCCUCAGCUCCAUUCUGUACAGUCAGGAUUCAGCCUACGGCCGAUCCCUCGGGUCCAAACUUCUAAUGACGGUGUAUAAAGGCAUCGCUCCAGGAGGGGAGAGGAAGGCACUUCCGUCUUUGGACGCAAACACCAGGAGAGUAGCAGAUGGCCUGCUUCAGCUUGCCUUUUCCCUCAGCCAACAGAGUGAGCAGCUGGUGGAGUUGCUGUUGAACACCAUCACGCUCUCCGUACCAAUAUCUGGAGGUCACAGUCACAACUUCCUCACCUUCUCACAUGGGGAGUACUUCUACAGCCUCUUCCAGGUGACCAUCAACACAGAGCUGCUGAAGAGUCUGAACACCACCGUGCCAAGCCUGAUGAAAGCCUCCACUCAGAAUCCCAGCAUGGUGAGCGUGUUGCUGAACGGCAUGCUGGACCACAGCUUUAGAGAGCGCUCCGUGAGGAAGACUCAGGGGAAGGCGCUGGUGGACGAGGUUCUGAGACGUUGGACCAGUCUGCAGCCGUGGUGGGAGGGACCGUCCUCCAGCCCAGAGAGUAAAACCGCCACUCUUCUUCUGCUGUCCAAGCUCUUACAGAUCGACUCGUCCGUCUGCUCUGAUCAAACCCAUGAAGCGUUUAGACCGGUGUUUUCCACUUUCACCGCUCUGCUGCUUGAUGUGAGCCUGCCUCUGAACCUCAAGAGCCAGGCCUUGCUGGUGCUUCCUUUCUUCACAACCCUCCAGAAGGAGCCGUUGGCUGAGCUGCAGACGGCUCUAGAUGCUCUGGUAGCGUCCCAUUUUCCCAUGCAGUCCGACGAGUUCGCCAUAGGCUCCCUUCACCGCAACAACUACAUGGACUGUGUCCGGAAGUUCCUGGAUGCUCUGGAGCUUUCCCAGAGUCCUCUGCUGCUGAGACUGCUGUCAGGUGUUCUGUGUCGAGACAGGAAGCACAUCAUGGAGGACCAGUUCCAAACCUGUUUCCAGAAAGUCGCAAGGCGGGGGAACAGUGAGCAGCAGCUGCAGCUGCUGAGUGGGGCGUACCAGGUGAUCCAGCAGGGCGAUGUGCCGGCGAGCUCCAUGCUGCAGGCCAUGAUGGACAGAGUGCUGCUGCCUCUGGCCUUCCACUGCAGCACCAAGGCCCUGAGUGACUUCUUUGUGGCAAACGUCAGUGACAUAAUCGCUCUGCUGCUCAGCCGAUUCACUAAGUCCAGCGAAUCAGCUUUUGAGGUUCAGCUGCUGAAAAAGAGCGGCUGCUAUAAGCUGAUGGAGCUGCUUUAUUCACGGCUUCCUAAAGAGGAGCUUUACUCCAAGGAGUCCCGCAUCAAUCAGGCCUUCUGUAGCUCGGACAAACCAGAGGGAAACGAGAUGUCCAAGACCUUAAUCAAGUUGUGUUUUGAAGCCUUCACUGAGAACAUGGCUGGUGAGACGCAGCUGCUGGAGCUCCGGAGGCGUUACCACUGCGCUGCAUAUACCUGCGCCAUCGCCGUCAUCAGCUGCAGCUUCAGCGAGCCCAAAUUCUACCACGGCUUCCUCUUCAGCGAGAAACCAGAGAAGAAUCAGUUUAUUCUUGAAAACAUCAUUGAUGUUCAGAGGACCUACAGUUUCCCCAUUGAGAUCGAGGUGCCUCUUGAGAGAAAGAAGAAAUAUUUUAUGAUUCGAAAAGAAAUUAGUGAGGAGAGCGGAGCAACACCUGUCUACCUGUCCUCCCAAUCCUACAUGGCCGACAGCAGCUUGAGUGAGGAGAUGAGUCAGUUCGACUUCUCCACAGGAGUCCAAAGCUUUUCCUUCAGCUCCCAAAACCCAGAGAGACCAGAGCCAGCUGUAGCUAAAAAUGAGACCGAGGAGAGAAAUCCCUCCCAGCAUGCACUGGUGGAUCUAGAAAUGGAUGAGCUAAACCAACACGAGUGCAUGGCAUCCAUGACUGCUCUGAUUGAACACAUGCAGAGGAACGGCAUCACUCCAAAAGUCGAGCAGGGAAGUGUUCCCUCUGACCUUCCGCCAUGGAUGAAGUUCCUGCAUGGAAAGCUGGUGAAUCCAUCAACACCUCUGAACAUCAGACUCUUCAUCUCAAAGCUGGUCAUCAACACGGAGGAGGUUUUCCGGCCGUACGCGAAGCACUGGCUCGGCCCGCUGCUGCAGCUUGUUGUCUCUGGGAACAACGGAGGAGCGGGCAUCCAUUUCAUGGUGGUGGAUGUCGUGGUCACGGUUCUGUCUUGGACGAGUCUGGCCACGCCAAAGGGAAACCCGAGAGAUGAAGUUCUCGCCAACCGCCUGUUGGAGUUCCUGAUGAAGAACAGCUUUCACCCUAAAAGGGCCGUUUUCCGCCACAACCUGGAGGUCAUUCGUACUUUGGUGGAGUGCUGGAAAGACUGUCUGCAUGUUCCUUACGGUCUGAUAUACGAACGAUUUAGUGGCACCGACCCAAACAGCAGAGAUAACUCCGUAGGACUCCAGCUGCUGGGAAUCAUCCUAGCCAACAGCCUUCCUGCCUACGACGCGUCGUGUGAAAUCAGCUAUGAUAGGUACAUGCAGUCGCUCACCAACAACGUCUCCUUCGUCAGGUACAAAGAGGUUUACUCUGCUGCGGCGGAAAUCAUCGGCCUCAUCUUGAAAAAUACGACUGAAAUGAGCCAACACGAAGAGCUUCUCAGUCUUGCUGUGACCAAGAUUUUAAAUCUGAAGAAGAAAGAUUUGGACGACAAGUUCAUCACCUGCUUGAACAAAGUGUCCAAACAUUUUCCUGCGUUUAUGGAUCCGUUCAUCAGCCAUGUGUUCUUUCUGCUGCCGAAGCUGCACGGCACGUUAAAGACUCUGUGUUUGGAGUGUGUGCUGAGCAGAGCAGAUGUCAUCCCAGAAAUCUUCCUGCAGCUGAAAACCACAGGCUUCGUCCAGAUGAUGAGCCACAGGGAUGAAGCGAGACAGAGAGUGUGUCUGGACAUCAUCCACAAGACCGUGGCUCUUCUGACACCAGUUGAGCUGCAGGAGUUCCUGGGAGCCGUGACAGCUUUUAUUUCUCACCCUUCACCUGUCUGCAGAGAGCGGAUGUACGAGAUCCUCAUGUGGAUCCAAGACAACUACGGUGACGAAGAGAGCAUGAAAGACAACACCUCCCUUGAGAUUUUAAACACAACCAGGGAAGUUUUGCUUCAGGGAUUGUCAGAGGAAAACCAAGGCCUUCAGCUGUAUGUUCAGAACUUCUGGAACCAGGAGAAGCGCCUCCCCUCGGCGACUCUUGACCGAAUGAUAAGGGUGCUCAAGUCUCUGUACUGCUGUCAGAUAGAGAGGUGCUUUCUGAGCGUGGCCUCCAAUCUCCUGCUGGAGAUGACCAGCCGGAGUCCCGACUUCAACAGAAACAUGUUUGAGUAUCCUCUGUCUGAGUGCACCUUCCAGGACUAUGUGAUUGAUUCAAACUGGCGCUUCAGGAGCACAGUAAUGACACCUAUGUUUGUUGAAACCCAAAGCUCUCAGGGCCCAGAUAGUCUGACGGCGUCUCAGUCCGGAGCCAUGAAGGGGAAGCUCAGAGCCACUCAGACGUCGUUAGAGUUCAGCCAAACCCAAACCCCAGGUCGGCGUUCGGCGUACAACUGGCUGACGGGCAGCAGCGUGGAUACACUGGCGGAUUACUCUCUCAGCUCAGAGUCUCUGUCAUCACUGCUGGUCUUUGAUAAGAAAACAGAGCGGCAUGCAGCUGCGAGAAAACCGGUCGGAGAAGGAUUCGGUUUGAGGCGUCUGACUGCGUCAACGGACGAAGUGGACAGUCGCACAAAAGCCGAAAAUGAGAGGCGUAGUAACAUCCUGAGACUGAGGCGCAGAUUCCUCAAAGACCAAGAAAAAGUCAGCCUGAGGUUUGCACAGAAAGAGAUCCAACAGCAGAGACAGCGAAAGGAAGAAAAAGCUGACCAGAGGCUGCGGAAAGAGGCUCAGGUGACUCUGUAUCGUAGCUACAGAGUGGGUGACUUUCCAGAUAUCCAGAUCCCACACAGCAGCCUCAUCGCUCCACUUCAAGCUCUGGCUCAGGGAGACCCAAUUUUAGCCAAGCUGCUCUUCAGCUCCAUUUUUGCUGGCAUCCUCCAAGAGAUGGAGAGAAGCCACAGUCCAGAGGAGAGUGUGAGGGUGAAAGAGGAGCUGCGCUGCAACAUGAACUCGUUCUUGAGCAAGAGUACGCUCUGCUUCCCUCCCUUUAUCGCAUGUGUGCAGGAUAUGUGCUACCGGCACAGGGAGCUGCAGCAGCUGGAUCCAGCAAACAUCAGCUCCACCUGUCUGGUGACUCUGCAGCAGCCAUCAGGGAUCCUGCUGCUGGAGGAGGAUCUGCUGCAAGCUGCCGGUCCAGAUGAACGUCCCGCCAAACGGUCACGAGGACGCAGAGAAAUUCCUCCAGACACCAAUAAAUGGAUCCACCUGGCGAAGCUGUACCGAUCUCUGGAGGACUACGACGUGGUGCGUGGUAUCUUUGGCGGUAAAGUUGGAACAAAGCCGGUCACCGGUGCUGCUCUCCAAGCUGAAGCCAACACCGACUUUGCUGAAGCCGUGAAGCUUUACAACGAGGCUCUCAACACUGAGAACUGGCCUGACGGAGAACCCACCGACUCUGAGAAGGAUUAUUGGGAAACAGCAGCGAUGGAGGCCUACAAUCAGCUGGCUGAGUGGAAGUCUCUUCAGUACUGCUCCACCGUUUAUAUUGAUGAAAACACUCCACCGAACCUGGAGAAGAUGUGGUCAGAGCCUCUGUACCGGGAGAUGUAUCUCCAGCACAUGAUCCGCAGCAUGCUGAAGCAGCUGCAGCUGGGCGAGAGCGACCAAACUCUUCUCAGCUUUGUUGACAAAGCCAUGAAAGUGGAGGAGCGUAAAAAGCUGCUGGAGAGUCAGUUCAGCCAAGAGCUCAGCCUGCUCUACAUCCUGCAGGAGGACUACGACCGAGCCAAGUACUACGCCAGCUACGCCAUGCAGCUCUUCAUGGAGAGAUACUCUAGUGUGGAUACACUCCUGACUCGGAGUCGGCUGACGAUUCUGCAGUCGGUGCAGGCUCUGACUGAGAUCCAGGACUUCCUUCUGUUCAUUAAAGAAGAUGUGUCGGUGAAGUCCCUUAAGCACCUGAUCGGAUCGUGGACCGAUCGCUAUCCUGAUGCUCGAGUGGAUCCGGCGAACGUGUGGGAUGAUAUUAUAACAUCUCGGUGUUUCUUUCUAGACAAGAUCAGGGAAAGGCUGCUAAGCCACGCCCCCAGUGACAGCAUGGAGGUGGACGGCGCAUCCCGAGACGUCGAGACAAUAGUGAAUGACUGCAAGUUCAACAUGAAGCUGCACAUGGCCGAAAGCAUGUGUCAGCAGAAAAACUUUUCAGUCGCCACCAAGCUGCUGAAGGAACUCCACCGAGAAGCCAAAACCAACAAAAGCUGGCUGCUGCGAUGGGUGCACUGCUUUAGCCGCUACAACCACAGACGCAGCCAGAAUCAGGGUCCCGUGGAGCAGAUCGGCAUCGUGCUGAAGACCGUCCCGCUCCUGGAGGAGCUGCAGACUGAGUGUCAGAGCGCCUCGGCUAAAGUGUUCAGACACCAGAAGGUACUCCAGGGAACGUCAUUGAGCAUCCUGGCUACAGCCGUGGGCAGAAGUCCGUCAGUCCUGGGAACUGUUGAUCCUGAUAAAAUGGAGAGAGUUGUCCGGCUCUCGGGAGCUGUUUGGUCCAGUGACAAUCCAAAGGAAGUAGAAGUCGGAUUGCAGCUGCGUGCGCUGAAGUUUCUUCAGGAAGCAUCCAGGAAGGCUGAUGAGGAGCUUCAGUCCUAUGAUCGGAACUUUGUGGAGACGGGCAGCAUCGUAGAGACGUUCAUGACGUUAGCAAACUUCUGCGACAAGCUGCUGCGAGCAGAGGAGCAGAACGACUCUGGUCAGCAAGAUUUCCGAUCAGAAAGCUGUUUUCCAGACCUUCUGGCGCUUCCUGUUCAUGUGGUGGAGAGCAUGCUAAAGGCCCUGAAGAUGAACUCAGAGGAGGCUCGCCUUAAAUUCCCGCGUCUCCUCCAGAUCAUUGAGCUUUAUCCAUCCGAGACCCUCGACCUCAUGACCAAAGAGAUGGUCUCGGUUCCCUGUUGGAUUCUGAUUGGCUGGAUCAGUCAGAUGGUGGCUCUGCUGGACAAACCAGAAGCUGUGGCGGUGCAGCGCUGCAUCAGUCAGAUAGCUGAGAGCUACCCUCAGGCGCUGGUUUACGCUCUCAUGAUCAGCACGGAGAGUUACCGCUUUGAGGACUCAGCCACGGGUCAUGGGCAGCAGGAAUUUGUUAACAGACUCAAGAGCCUGCUGGACAAAGGAGGAGCUGUGAAGAAGUUUGUGGAGGCCCUGCAGCAGCUCACUAACCCUGAUAUGAUUUUUAGGGACUGGAUUGAUGGCGUGAAGAAUGAAAUGGAAAAGCCGACCUUUGACAGGAAGCAGAUGUGUGGCAUGUAUGAAGAGAUGCGCUCUUUACUCGGGAAUCGCAGCGCUGAAGGCUGUGGGGUGUUCCGCAAGGAAUUUAUUCAGAAAUUCUCCAAAGCAGUGGAGAAACUCCUAGGACCAGAUGGAAGCACAAUGUUUGAGAAGAGGAAAGACAAAAGCUUUCUGCAGCAGGUGGACGACCUGGCCAAAUCCAUGCGUGGAUUUAUGGAGGAGCCGGGAAACCUGAAAGAGUACUCGCCCUGGCUGAGUGGAUUUAAACCUGACCUGUUCAGUAAUGUGCUGGAGAUCCCAGGACAGUAUGACGGCAGAGCUAAACCAUUACCGGAGUAUCAUGCAAAGAUAGCUGGCUUUGAUGAGCGGGUGAAGGUGAUGUCUUCCAUCCGCCGGCCCAAACGUCUUAUCAUUCGUGGUGACGACGAGCGGGACCACCCCUUCCUGGUGAAGGGCGGGGAGGAUCUCCGUCAGGACCAACGCAUCGAGCAGCUUUUUGCUGUCAUGAACAUUCUGUUGAGUCAUGACACGUCCUGCACAAACCGAGGACUGCAGCUCCGCACCUACCAAGUCGUUCCCUUAAACACCCGAAUUGGUCUGAUUGAAUGGAUGGAGAACACGUGCACUUUGAAAGAGUUCCUCUGCAACACAAUGACUGAGCAAGAGCAGCAAAACUCAUUGAGGUGCCAUGAUAUCUACAAAAAAUGGCUUCUAACCUUUGGUUCAAAGUCAAACCCCGGAAAUGAUAUUUUACUUUAUGGAGUGACUUACAGGAAAGCCAAACGCACCGAAGUGGUAAACAACUUUCUGAAAAUGUUGCAGUGUGUCCCGAGUGAUCUGCUGAAGAGAGCUUUUCUGAAGAUGUGCAACAGUCCUGAGGCGUUUCUGUCCCUGCGCUCUCACUUCAUCAGCUCGCACGCUUUGCUGUGUGUGAGCCACUGGAUUCUGGGUAUCGGGGACCGCCAUCUUUCUAACUUCAUGAUCAAUAUGGAAACAGGAGGCAUGAUUGGCAUCGACUUUGGUCAUGCGUUUGGUUCGGCCACACAGUUUCUCGUCGUGCCCGAGCUCAUGCCCUUCCGGCUCACCCAGCAGUUUGUGAAUCUAAUGCAACCCUUAAAGGAGUCCGGUUUGGUCCAAAGCAUCAUGGUCCACUCCCUACGAGCCUACAGAGCCGAACCAGACCUUCUGCUGAACACCAUGGAUGUGUUUGUCAAGGAGCCCUCGCUGGACUGGAAGAACUUUGAGCUGAAGCAACUGAAGAAAGGAGGAACCUGGACGGAGAGCGUGAACACCAAAGAAAUCAACUGGUACCCUCUGCAGAAGGUGAACUUUGCCAGAAGGAAACUAGAAGGAGCAAAUCCAGCUGUGAUCACCAGUGAGGAGCUGAAGCUGGGCUUUGAAAAGGAUGCAGCUUUCCCAGGAAUGCAGUCUGUGGCUCUGGGGACUGAAGAGCACAACAUUCGAGCGAGGCUUCCAGCUGCAGGUCUGUCUGUGGAGAAGCAGGUAGACUGUCUGCUCGACCAAGCCAUGGACCCAAACGUGCUCGGCCGAGUUUAUGCAGGCUGGGAAUCAUGGAUGUGAAUCUUCGUGGUGGUUCAGUUGUGAUGGUCAGAAGGAAAAUGUUGUGUCUGGAACAUGUGAAGAAGCUGAUUUUAAAGCUUGUUUGUAAGGUUUGGUGAUUCUAAAAUGGCGCUUGGUGUUUUUUUUAUUGUGAAAAAUGAUUCUCACUGAUGGAAUUGCAUUAUCACUGAAAAUGACUGUUAUAUCACUAAGGAUCAGGAAUUAAAUGGAUCAUCACUAACUCUG